AUGUUAAGAUACUCCGUAAUCGAUCGAAAAUCACUUAGUGGAGACCCGAUAGGUUUGUUGAAAUCUGCAGACAUUAGGAAGAUUUCCUUCCCAACUGCAUACCUUCCUCCAGGCAGUACUUCACCUCUUGGACUCUUCUCCACAGACUUCCAAAAAGAGUGGAUGGAAGUACUUCUUGUUCGUAAUGCACCACCUCCGACAAACUCAACUAUCGCUUCCACAUUCUUCCUUUCCUCCACCAACUCUCGACUUGUGAGUCCUUCCCUUGAAAGCGACACUAUUUCACCAGAGGAUCAGAUAAAUCACCUGGCAAAUGGUAUUUUGAGUUCGGUUCGUUUGAAUCGAGUUUUUGGGACAUCGAAUAGUUCAGAAAUUCAUGUUGGGUCGGAUGGAGUGCUUCGAAAGCGCGUUACUCGAGAUUUGCGCGACUCUUCAAAUACUUCUGUUGCUACUCAAGCAUUGAAAGAGCAUCCCGAGUGGUAUUGUUUGCUCUACGAUCUCAACUAUCAUCCAACUUGUGCUUUCGGAGUUGAAAUCCAAUGGCUUGUCGCUUCUCCAAGCCGUCUUAACGAAAUGUUGUUGCAUUUUCUCUACUACAAAGCCACGAGCCACGGUUUCUCGAUAGUCCCAUCCCCGUGUUAUCCUUUCGGAUACUCUGGGACUCGUUAUAGCUUGUAUCCCCUUCGAGCACCUAUUUUCGUCCCUUGUCGAAUAUACGACCUUGUUCGUGCCAGAAAUGACAUCCCAAAACGGAAAUCUGACCCACUUCCAUGUGAAAUCGUUGCUGAAUUGUUCCCAGAACUACCCGAAUCUGAACAGAUGGUCGCAUUGUUUUACUUUCAAGAGAGAAUUCUGAGCAGGUUUGGAUUCAUUCCCCUCUCCUACUCUCCGGCGGUUCAACAGGCGACAGCGACAGAUGGCCGUGAAACUCUUGGUUGCCCUCCUCCUUGCGGUGAUGAGCCACCGAGAGGCAUGUCCUACACGCAGCGCAUGUUCGUUCACAUAUCUGGAGGCAUGUUCACUAUGGUUCCCAUGUACUCCCACUGCCCUCCGAAAAAGAAAACGCGAGAGACCCCGUCAUCAACUCAUCCUGUUAUCCCACAAAAUCCACCAACACCAGAGGCCAAAGAAGAGAGUAAAAACGUUUCUGAUCAUACGCCACCUCGAAGGGUUUCUACCAACAACCAUCCUCCAUCCUCCUGCUCUUAUGCCACAACCUUGUGUUCUGACAAUGGGGCUCCUGGAGGAGGCAUGCAGGAUGCCGACAUGGAUUCAACAGUUACGACUGGAACUUUUGAAGAGCCAUCCAUCCGUCGAUCGGUGUUGGAUAGGAAAACCUCUUGCUUUGAAAUACAGACUGAAGUGGGUUUCUUCUGGAUGUGGAAUCAUAUGCUGCCUCGCAGAUGGCGUGGACAAACCACUGUGGAGGAAGUCUUCGAUCUUGGUAUGCUUGAAGACCUUCGAGUAUUUUGCUCGGGCGGUGCAGACUUAGGAAUUGAGGACAAUCGUCUACUUGAGACGCUGAAAGAAUUCAAAUCGACCUUUCGUGGAGCCAAUAAGGCUGAUACUCCCAAGUAG